UCGCACCGCCUGAGCAUCCGAUGCGCGGCGCACAGAGGAGGCUCUCCUCUGCACCCACUCGCACAGCAGUUGCACUUGAACGCAGCGCGCCUCGGCUCUCAGUCCGGACCGCACGUCUGCUGCAGGGCUAAGACAAGUUGAGCGCCAGUGGCGAGAAGAGCACUUCUCUUCUCUGGAUCCAUGUGGCACAUUCAUGCGCGCCAUCUCUCAAGCGGUGCAUGUAGAGGAUACAGCAGGGAAGCUCCUGGAUCUUUUUAUCCAAGUCCACAAUGCUCAGACUGGAGAUGCUCGUUUACACUUUUUCUGCGCUGUGCAUCGCAGCCAAAGCAGAAUUGAAAGCACGGAAUUGCAGCGAGACGAGGGAGGCUUGUGUAGCCAGGGGCUUCAGCUUCACGCAUGUUCCACUCCAGGAGAUUCCAGGCGAACAUCUGCGAGUGUGUCCACAAGGCAACACAUGCUGUAGCCAAGAAAUGGAGGAUGCCUUCGGUCAGCGGAGCAAACAGGAGUUUGGUGAUCUGGUGGAUGAGAUGAGUCAUACUUUGAGGAGCAUGUUCGUAUCCAGACAUCAGAAGUUUGAUGAAUUCUUCUUGGAGCUUCUGGAGAACACCGAGAGGUCCUUGAACGAGAUGUUCAAGCGGACGUACGGCAAGCCGUAUAUGCAGAACGCCGAGGUUUUCGAGAACCUCUUCGCCGAGCUCAAGCGCUACUACACGGGGGGCAACGUCAACCUGGAGGAAAUGCUCAACGACUUUUGGUCGCGGCUGCUGGAGCGCAUGUUCACGCUGCUCAACUCCCAGUACGUCAUCACCGAAGACUACCUGGAGUGCGUCAGCAAGUACACGGAUCAGCUCAAGCCCUUCGGAGACGUGCCCAGAAAGCUGAAAGCUCAGGUCACCCGGGCGUUCAUCGCUGCUCGCACUUUCGUCCAAGGACUCUCCGUCGGCCGCGAGGUGGCUCAGAGAGUCUCUAAGGUAAGCAGCACUCCGGCAUGCAUGCGAGCGCUGACCAAGAUGUCGUACUGCCCCUUUUGUCAAGGCAUGCCGGCCGUUAAGCCCUGCAAGAACUACUGCCUCAAUGUCAUUAAAGGCUGUCUGGCCAAUCAAGCCGACCUGGACCCCGAGUGGAACCAUUACAUCGACGCCAUGCUGCUCGUGGCUCUGCGACUGGAGGGACCUUUCAACAUCGAAUCCGUCAUGGACCCCAUUGACGUCAAGAUCUCGGAUGCCAUCAUGAAUAUGCAAGACAACAGCGCCCAGGUCUCCUAUAAGGCUUUUCAAGGUUGCGGUCAGCCAAAACCCGCAGGAAUGACUAGGUCUGCCCGUGGCGUUCCGGAUGUGUUCAACGCCCGCUUCAGGCCAUACAACCCAGACGAGCGUCCCACCACGGCAGCUGGCACCAGCCUAGACAGACUGAGGAUUAUUUGGAAAACCAUGCAACACAGCGUUGUUGACAUAAAAGAGAAACUCAAGCAGUCCAAGAGAUUUUGGUCCAGUCUGCCUGAGGAGAUGUGUGUGGACACCAGACUGGCUGCUGGGAAUGCAACUGAUGACCAGUGCUGGAAUGGACACACCAAGGGGAGGUAUUUCCCAGAAGUGGUAUUGGAUGGACUGACUAACCAGUUGAACAACCCUGAGGUCAAUGUGGACAUCACCCGUCCAGACACGUUGAUUCGUCAGCAGAUCAUGGCUCUCCGGGUGAUGACCAACAAGCUGAAAAAUGCCUAUAAUGGCAACGAUAUCUACUUUCAGGACUCAAGUGAUGAGGGCAGCGGCUCAGGCAGUGGAAGCGGCUGCACAGAGGCCUGCCCCACAGAGGCGGAUGUGGCGCCUCCCGAAGCCCCGGCCGUGGAAGCCGACCGGAGAGGUCCAGUGGAAAGCUCUUCUUCAUCCCUUCUGCCCCCCAUGGGCCUCUUAACCACACUGGCCCUCUCGGCUUUGGUACUCCAAAUACAUUGGAGAUAAUGCAGGAGAAAACAGGCGGGGACCAUCUUUGCCAGACAGUAUUCAGGCUGAAGAAAUCAAGUGAGUCAUGCAUCAAUAUUGCCACUUUCCCAAAGAAUGCACAUCCAUUGACUUGAUAGGUCACAACAUCGUUCCUCUUUCCAGUGCUGAAGCCGACCCCCACAAACUCUGCUUGAGAGAUUAAAACUAUUUUUAUUAAAGGAAAAGAAAAAAAAACACUCUUUGCACACAUACCUGUAAAACAGGCAGUAAUGUCUGCCCUCAUGUGGAUGAAUAUAGCACGCACUUUGAUUGUUUGGACUUUUUGUGUUAAGGA